AUUGGGAAAGCAAACAGCUACUACAGAUAACAUGCAACUCAGUUGGAAUUUUUUUUAACCAAGUUGUUUAUAUAGCCUGGAUCCAAGGUUCAUUUAAACUGGUUUUUUUUAGGCACUUGUGCAUAUAAAAAAUUAUCCCACAAUUGCACAAGUUUUCCAUUGGUAUCAGAAUAGCAAUGCAUUUUAAGUCACAUGUCCGAGAGAUAAAUGAUAACAUCUAAAAUGGCUUGCAGAACGGAGCCUGCAGCAUACAGCUAACUAGCAUCAUGGUUGGAGUCCUCUUUGCUGCGUUGACUCUGGCAGCUGCAGGUAAGUAUCCAAUUUCAGCAUUAGUUUUAAAAGAAAAAUGAAUUAAAAUCUAACAGCAACUUCCCUUUUUUAGGGAAAUCAGACAUUCUGCAACAAAGCAGAAAGAGAUACAGCAUAGGCAGUUAAUAAAAAAGUUCUCUCAAAACAGUAACUAAGUUCUGUGCUAUUCUGUUCUUAUUUUAGGGGCUCAAUUAGCAUAACUGCUCUCAGCCUUUAGCAAUUUCAAAGUUAUUUUACUUAGCUUGAAUACACUGAAAUACAGUUAAUCCACAUCAAAUUGUUGCAUUGGGUAAGAGUUGCGUCUCAGCUGACACAUGAGGAUUUGGUUAAGCCAACUUGAUUUGAUUAUCUGUCAGAAAAAUGAAACCGCUCAAACAGGCUUUAUAUAACAUUGGUCAUUUGACUGAUGGCUGAUCUUCACUUGUAUCACAUUAAAUCACAGCCCAUAUUUGUACCUUGAAAUGUUCUGUACAAACACAGUCUAUAUUUAAAAAAACCCCAAAACCUCUCUUGCAGACUUUUUUUUAAACCUACUUUUAGGUCCUUGGAGUUAGUCCUAACAUAUGCUUGGUUUUGGGGAAAAGAACCUGUGAAAGGCAAUUUCCAGAAAGCUGCCAGCAGGAAAGUGGACAGUUCUGCAGGGAAUAGUCUUCCAGUCCAUGGACUUCCCCAUUGCUUUGAGGGAGGAGGAAUCUUCACUGCUUAUGUACUGGCCUCCUUGCUCCCUUGCAUUUCUUUUGAAUAGGCCAAGUGCUGUAUAACUGCUAAGUAUUCGUGCUACUGUGCCUUAACCUAUUUGCAAACCUUUCCCUUUCUCUUUCCCACUCUCAAAUGUGUGCAUUUGACCACAGGUACGACAUUGCUUUGAUCAAACUCACUGAACACAUCACCUUAAGUGACCACAUUAAGCUGGCCUGCCUCCAUUCUGCACAAAGCAUCCUGUCGUCUAACACUGCCUGCUAUGUGACAGAAUGGGAAAGACUGCAGGCAAAUGGAGCUCUUCCAGAUGACCUGCAGCAAGGCCUUUUGCUGGUGGUGGAUUAUGCAACUUGUUCCAAGCUUAGCUGGUGGAGAAGCACAGUGAAACCCACCAUAGCUUGCUCCAGUGGGGAUGGAGUCAACUGCAGUUGUAAUGGGGACUCUGGUGGCCCAGUGAACUGCCAAAGAGCUGAUGGCAGGUGGGAAGUACAUGGUACCAUCAGCUUUGGCUCUGCUUUUGACUGCAGCUAUUAUCACAAGCCUUCUGUCUUCACUUGGGUCUCUGGUUAUAACAGCUGGAUCAAGCAGGUUAUGGCAACCAACUAAUCCAAAGAGAACUGGAUGAUAGAUGCCAAGAAGGAAAACAGUUUGAAUAAAGUCAUAAUCAUGACACCUUUGAUCACAAAGAGCUGGGAAAUUAUGCCUUUAACAACACAAGUAUUAUACCCAACCAUACCGCAAUAAACACUAUUUUUCACAAGAUGAAAGAAAAACACGUGUCCCUGUCACUUCUUCCCGGGUAUUGUCAAGACCAGAG